AUGUCGCAUCGAACUAACGACCGGAGAAGUGGGAGCGGAAGAGAUGAGAGACGUCGUGACGACGAUCGUCGAGGACGUGACCGCGAAGAAAGGUUUAUGUUUGCUUUGAGUUUUCUGAAAUUGAAUUUUCAUUUAUUUUCGUUUCGCACAUAUGAAAAUUAGAGAGUUUUUCCUAGAUGUUCCUGUAAUCUAUGUUUAGAGUUAAUUUAUUUAUUCUGAGGCUUCUUAAAAUAUUUUACCGGCUGAAACCUAUCUUUUUUUUUCAAUCUUCUGAGUAAAAUUAGUGGACUUUAGCCGGCCUCGUGGAAAUCAACAGCGUCAAAGUGGCGGAGAGUUCUCGCGUCCAAACAACGGUCAAGAACAACGGCAAUCCAGUGGAGGACACGGGCACCAGAACUACGGCGGAUCCUCGGGACGCGGCGGCGGACCGAUUUUCUCUGGACAAUCUUUCACUGAGCAAGAGCUGAUGACUGAUAUGCCGAAGAAAAAGUUCACCGGUCGCUGCCGUCUCUUCGUCGGAAACCUCCCAAAUGAAGUCAAAGACAACGAACUCAAAGAACUUUUCACGCCUCAUGGAGACAUCGCCGAAUGUUAUUUAUCCGGCAAAGGAUUCGCUUUCCUGCGGCUGGUUAGUUUUUUUCGAUUUGUUUUUCUUUUAAAGACUCAAAUUUCCCAUUCAUAAUGUAAAUACUGCGUUGGGGUCGCUUAGGCCGUCAAAUAUCACCAGCGAUUGAAGGACUUGCCGGUUCCGACAAAUGUGUAUCAGCCAUUUUAUCGAAAUUCUGGUGUUUCUCAUGGACUUAUAUAAUUAUUGGAAAUAUGAAAACUCACUGGGAAAGACAUGGACUCUGAAAAGCACUCGAAGUGGACUAUGGAAAUAUUACAAGCCUGCUUUUGUUGGACUCCUCGGACAGAAUAAAUGCUUAUUUGAAGGACUCCUUCGUAUUAUUGAAACACUUUUCCUUCGCGACCCCAACAGCGGUACUCAGGUUGUAAUGCAAUUUUCAGCCAUUCAGCUCUAACUUUUUAAAUUUCUCGAAAAAUGAAAACAGAGUUAUCUACGUUUUAGCACCUUCAUGGUUUCCAAAAAAAUUUGAACAGAGACUAUAAAAGAAAAGCGGAAAGGGUGCAAAAACAGCUUCUAUUUGCAGUAAUUUAAUCAAUUCGUAAUUUUUAAAGAUUCAAGAUAAAUUCAGCUAGUCACCUAGAUAUGAAUAUGUAAAUUAUACGUUUCAACUUUCAGGUGUCGCGGAAAUGUAGAAAAAUUUCGCAAAUUAAAAAAAUUUAGGGAAGGCCAGUGCCAUUUAUAAAAGUCAUAAAAAUGCAAUUCGAUAAAUGAUAAAAUGCGAAAUGCAAUAGCUCUUGAAGAGAAAUUUGUUCAUAGAGAUGAAGUCAGCAAAAAGUAAAUAAAAUAAUUAUUGCUUAGCUUUUUUUAAAACUUGAAUGUUAAGUCAUAAUUUAGCCAAAAAAAUUUUUUUCUAUAUUUUGAUAAAAAAGGAAAAAAAUAUUUUUACUUGAUAACAUGAACGUUUCAAUUAGUAUUUCAUUGAAGUACGCUCAAAUUUCCUUGCUGGGAUGUUUAAAGGCAUAUAAGUCUUGCUUGACCUUGAAUGACACGCAAGCGGUUCUUUACUUCUUAAAUUUUCUGAAAUGAGUCUUUGCCCCUGUGAAAACUUCAGCAGAUACUUUCAAGACCAGAAAUAUCAAUUUCGCCUUGAAAAGUUUGGUGGCUUUCAGAGCGGUUUUAGAAUUCAAGCGUCCAUAUCAGUUCAACUUUGUCAACAAAGUAUUUUCUAGCUUGAUAGUUUCCAACUCAGUUUUGUAAAAAAUAAAGACGCUGUGUAUUCUUUCUAGGGAUUCUAAUUGCCUUUUCUUUGCGUAUAGGACACUCGCGCCCACGCCGAAAGCGCCAAGGAAGCCAUCGACGGCCGUACGAUUCACAACCGCCAAGUCCGCGUUCGAUUCGCAGUUCACGGAGCAGCUCUUCGCGUCAAAGAACUCUCGCCCACCGUUUCUAACGAGAUGCUUUUCCUCGCGUUUUCCAAGUUCGGAGAAGUCGAACGUGCUGUGCACAUUGUUGAUGAGAAAGGGCGCCCGACUGGCGAAGGAAUCAUUGAAUUUGAAAGGAAAAACAGCUGCAAUGAAGCGAUUCAAGCCAUCCGAGAGAAGGUUUUCUUGAUGACAGCGUGAGUUUCAGCCUGAGUUUUAUUUUAAACUUUCUAUACAUUUCCGCUUGAAAAGUCUCUGGAAGCGUAUUAUUGUCUCCAUCGCCGUCCAUUCUGAGACACUUUUCUUAACUGUCUAAUAAUAAGAUAAAAAUUGCAAUAGUUAGGAAUCUUCUUAUUAACUUAUUAAUCGAAAGAUUCCGUAAUCCGUCUCGUGAUUAGAAAGAAGAUAUGGAAAGACUUUUUUUAAAUUUGUUUUUUUCCCUAUUCCUAUCCUUGCGAAAAAAAUUUUAUUUUUAAAAAAAGGACUAUUAUUUUUGUUUAGUAUCUAAAUCUUCAAUUCGAGUGCAAUUGAUGGUAUACUAUCUGAUUUUUUUCAAGCGUUAAUCCUAUUUAUGAAUUCCCAUAGCAUUCUAUUAAAUUAUAAAUUGAUCAAGAAAAAUAUUCGAACGACUAGUGUGUACAAUUGGUAAUGUAAAACAUGAACGUACUUUUUCAUUUUUCAGUUGAAAAUUCACGGAAAUUUUUGCUUUCAAUAUCCCUUUUUGAGCGAGGCUCACGGAAUUGAAUAACUUUAUUGUUUUCUCCUCAUGACAUCUCAAUUUUUAUAUAGAAGUCCCAAGCCACUUAUCGUGGAAGCUCUUGAACCACGGGAUGAAGACGAUGGAUUGGCUGAACGUAUGAUCCCGCGAACUCAAGCUCUUAUUAAGUAAGUUCCGGAGGAUUUUAACUUUCUGUACCGGUUUACUAUAUUUGGGUAGUAAAGCGUCAAGCUAUCCUUUGGUGAAAUCCUGUAGGAUCUUCAAGGAACCCUCUAUUUUGAUUUUUCCUCACCAGAUCUGCGUGGCAGAUUCGUUAAUAAAAAAACAGGCUUUUAUAUUACGACCCCGGCUUUUCGAAUAGCGCUUCAAAAUGUUUCAAGCGACAAUACGGACAAGUGUGAAAGCGUUUAAAAAUGCUCUGAAACGCGCAAUUUCUAUGUGCUUGGGCACCGGAAAUUAUUUCCCGGAGAAAGAUAGCAUCUUAGGAUACAUCUCAUAUUUUAUGUUCAUUUCUAUUUCUUGCUUUUGAAAUGGAUAAGAUAGUGUGAAAAAAAAAAACGGCUUUUAAAAGGCGAUCCAAGUUCUUACGAACGUAAUGGAUUCAAAUUUUUUUUAGUUAUCUUGCAGUUUUUUUAUUGGUUUUGGUUUUCAAAAACAGAAAAAAUAGUAGAUGAAGGGUCGAACAGUUUCUAUUCUGUUAUCAUUAAAGCUGAUGGAUUUAGAGGUGUAGUGAUUCGUUCUGAGCUUUCCGCUUUUCAUAAUUAUUUGGAUUUCGGAUUGAAAAGUCUCGACUUCUCAUUCAAUCUUUGAGUUAUCUUAACCGUUUUUGUUGCGUGUAGGGAACGUGAAAUGGGUCCUCGGUUUCCCGCGCCAAACUCUUUCGAGUUUGUAUACGGAAUGAAGUGGAAAGAGUUGUACGAGAUGGAGCGCCAGAGAAAAAUUCAACUGGAAGAGGAGCUUCGCGAGGCUAGGCGUCGGCUUGAGGCUGACAUGGAGCUCGCCUACCAGGACUACCAGGCGCAGAUGCUCCGUGAAGGUUCAUAUAACUUUUAUCGCCUUUUUUGACACUCAAGUUGAACAUCUUGAAUCAUUCAUUGUGCUCUUUUUUUUCUUCAAUUAUGCAUGAUAUCAAGGACUUUUGCACAACCAAACUUUUAGCAACAGGUUCGAUCUCUUUUCUUAAGACUCCCACUCCAAAAUUUCAUUACCAAGAGUCAACUUAAAAAUCUUGAAUUUUGGUUGCGCUAAAUUUUUUUUGUCCUUUUAUAUCCCUUUUCUUUUUUUUUUCUUUUUAAUAUUCAUGAAACGGGCGCGAGAUUUCCAUUCAAACAGAUUUUUUUCGGUAGCUACUAAUGCAUUCAUUUUUGAAUUCAUAGUAUUCAGUGCCGGAGAGAAUCUUCGUGUUUUUUUUUCCAAAAGAAACAUAGCUGUGGUAAAUAUAUUUCUCUUCACAGAAAAUUUUUCAAAUCAAGUAAGUUUUAUGCAUCUCCACGCCUCCGACUGAACUUUUGGGUUCUAUAGAACCAUGCACUUUUUCUGUAUCACACUGAAAUCUUUCUCAUUUGAUCAAUAUGGAUUUCUAUCUUCUACGGUUGUAUUAUCUGAACUGAACCAGUACCAGACGUUUGUUCGGAAAGGAAGACUGCUCUUUUGACAUUCUCACUGAUAAAGUCCCUCUGCCGAAUCUCUUUAUUUGAAAAAGUUUUUCAUUCGCAUGCACUUGUGGCUGAAGAUUUCAACUGAUUCUAGAUCAAAUUUAACAGAAUCCUUUUAGAUUUGCAACGACGACAGCAAGAACUUGAGCGUCUUGAAGCGGCCCGUCGCGAGAGAAUGGGCGCGAUGCGUCCGCCCGGGGGUCAAUCUGGGGGUCCAAUGAACGGUCCUGGAGGAUAUCAAGCUUGUGAGGCUUUAUCAAUUUCAAAAAUAAGAGACCACUUUAAUUGAGCCUCGUUCAGAAAAUAUGAAGAAUUAAAGUUGAAACUUAUCUGUUCUGAGUUUUUGAAUUCAUUCAUGUUAGGUCUCUUUUUUGCUCAAUAUCAAAUAUUUGUCAGCCUUCGGACCUUCAUCUGGAAUGGGAAUGAACGCUCCUCCGCUCAUGGGAGGCGGACCGAUGGCCAAUCCUUUCGCUGGUGGACCACCGCCUAACAUGUACGGCGGCGGCGGACCUGGUGGUCCUGGAGGACCCGGAGGCCUUGGCGGUCCCCCUGGCGGACACGGAGGAGCACCGCCGCAAUCUCAGCAGCAGCAACAACAAGGUCGGUUUAUUAAUUUUUUUCAAAAACUUGCUUGUGGUAUAUAAUUAAGAAAUGAAAAAGGAAACUUGAUUUUGGUUUCGUUAUAAUUAGAAAACCCCUUGUGAUAUGAAAAUUUCAUUUUCUACCUUUGUAAUUUUUCAGGUGGACAGAGACAGCAAUCCUCGGCGAACAUCAUGGACGGAGUGAACCGUUUGCUGCAGAUAUUCAAGAAUGAACCAGUUCAGGGCUCUGGACGUAAGAAUUUCAGACAAAUUAACUGAUUUGUUUUUCCACAUUUAUCGUGAAUUUCCAACAUAAAGGGUCAUUUUUUCAGGUGCUCCGCCUCACUUUGGCGCUGGCGCUGGGGGUCCAGGAAUGUACCAAGGCGGAGGUCCGCCUCCGGGCGCAUUCAACGAUUUCCCGCCUGAAAAAAAGCUCCGUCGUUAG